UCAGUCUUUACCGGGACGAGCCAGCCAAAACACACACACACACACACCACACACACACGCACACACACACCGUCACGGAGGACCAAGAGUUCAAGAGCGCUGGUUUCCGUUUAACCAUCAUCCACGGGAGUGGAAAUAUCUGGGGGAAGCUUUCACUAGAUGUGUCCACUUUCCAGUGCCUGGCCGGUACGAGGUUGUUCAUGUGUCAUUCCCUCCCUCCCUCACUUUUUUUUUUUUCCUGGCGACUUGCAUGAAAGCAGGCACGCGCGCCGCGGAGCUGCACGUGCGGAGGAGACGGACGGAGUCGCGGACGCAGAGCAGAUAUCCAAAUGUUGUGUUACUGAGAUGGUGCCAGAUUAUCCAUUACUUCAGACUGCUGCGAUCUUAGCUGUGGAAGGACUUCUCUUGAGAUUUUAUUUCAGGUUUGCAGAGAAGAGUGAAAACAGAACAAGACUGCUACAUACACCAUGAAAACAGACGUCUCUGGUAAUCAGAGUCCGAAUAUAGCUGGGGCUUCGCACUCGGUGUCUGGCAGUAAUUACAGCGUCAAAGGGAAGAGGACCUCAGCUCUAUCUCAUCCAUGGGUCCCAUUAGCUGGACUGAUUUUGUUGGCCACCUUUCCUUUUGGAGCAAGCAUCAAACAGAGUGUCCCCCGGGUCAAACUCAGCCACAGAGAACUGGUGCAAGCUGGCAGCGUGUCUCUGUUUGUGGGCCCAGCCGAUGGCCUGUAUUCCCACUCCCUGCUUUUGGAUGAGGAGAGAGGCCGCCUUUUGUUGGGAGCCAAGGAUCACAUCUACUUGCUAGACCCUGAAAAUCUGGCCAAAGGUCCCAGAAAGAUCUACUGGCCUGCUCCGAGGGACAGAGUUGAAAUCUGCAAGCUGGCUGGCAAAAAUGAAAAUUUGGAAUGCGCAAACUUUAUCAGAGUUCUCCACAAUUACAACCGAACACAUGUCUACGCAUGUGGGACAGGAGCCUUCCACCCCAUCUGCACCUUCAUUGAAGUCACUGGCCAAAGAGAGGAUGGAGUCUUCCAAUUGCUGCCUGAUACUGUUGAGUCCGGGAGGCUGAAAUGUCCCUUCGAUCCCUCACAGCCUUUCACAUCAGUACUCACAGAUCAGCACUUGUAUGUGGGCACGUCUUCAGACUUCCUGGGAAAAGAUGCAACAUUCACACGCUCCCUCGGCCCUCCGCCUGACCAGCACUACAUACGCACAGACAUCUCGGAAGACUACUGGAUCAAUGAGGCCAGGUUUGUUUCUGCUCAUCCCAUCGCAGACACAUACAAUCCAGAUGAUGAUAAGAUAUACUUUUUCUUCCGCGAGGUGUCAUGGGAGGGCAACGACAAGAGCAUCCUCUCUCGAGUGGCUCGUGUGUGCAAGAAUGAUGUGGGUGGGCUGAGAAGUCUCACCAACAAGUGGACAACCUUCCUGAAAGCCCGGCUUGUGUGUUCCAUCCCUGGACCCGACGGCGUGGACACGCACUUUGACGAGCUCCAGGACAUAUUUUUGCACCCAACAAAAGAUGACAAAAAUCCUAAAGUAUAUGCAGUCUUUACAACUUCUAGUUCCAUCUUCCGUGGCUCUGCAGUGUGUGUGUACAGCAUGGCGGACAUACGGGCUGCAUUCAAUGGCCCCUACGCCCACAAGGAGGGACCCGACCACAGAUGGGUAGAAUACGAAGGGAGAAUCCCGUAUCCCCGUCCUGGAACGUGCCCCAGCAAGACAUAUGAUCCAAGGAUCAAGACCACCAAAGACUUUUCAGACGACGUUGUCAGUUUUAUUCGAUUCCACCCUCUGAUGUAUCGCUCUGUGCACCCUCUGACUGGCCGGCCGGUGUUCACACGUGUCCGAGUGGACUACACCCUGACGCACAUUGUUGUGGACAGAGUUUUGGCAGAUGAUGGACAAUACGAGGUUAUGUUCCUGGGCACAGAUGCUGGUUCCGUUCUAAAGGUGGUGAGCAUCACUCAGGAGAACUGGUCAACAGAGGAGGUGGUACUGGAGGAGCUUCAGGUGUUCCAGGUUCCCUCUCCCAUCCUCACCUUGGAGAUUUCAUCCAAAAAGCAACAGCUGUAUGUUGGUUCCAGAGAGGGGCUCGCCCAGGUUUCUCUGAGCAGAUGUCACCUGUAUGGUCACGCGUGUGCUGAAUGCUGCCUGGCACGAGACCCCUACUGUGCCUGGGAUGGACACACGUGUUCCCGAUACAUCCCUGCAUCUAAGAGGCGAGCCAGACGACAGGACAUAAAGCAUGGAGACCCUGCCAUGCAGUGCUGGGACUCAGAGGACAGUACGGGACGAGCGGAAGAGCGGGUUCUCUUCGGAGUUCAGAACAAUUCCACAUUUCUCGAGUGUCUCCCCAAAUCUCAACAGGCCCAGAUCCGGUGGUACAAACAAAGACCAGGAUCUGAACGCAGGGAAGAGGUCACACUGGAUGAUCGUGUUGUCCACACGGAUCGAGGGCUCCUAAUUCGCUCCCUUCACGCCUCUGACACCGGUGUGUAUGUGUGUGUGGCUCAGGAGCACACACACUUCACCUACACUCUCCUGCGCCUCACGCUACAACUCAUUACUCAUGGGAGACUUGACAGAAAAGCCAAGCUCCGUGAAGAUCCCGCGCUGGAGUCUCACCAGAGAGCGGAGUCACGUCAGCGCUACAAAGACUACCUGAGAGUCAUGAACUCGCCGGUCCGCUCCCUGGAAGAGUACUGCGAUUCUCUGUGGCUGGAUAAGAGGUCAACAAAGAUGCGAGGGAAAGGCUUGGGGAUGAGCAAAUGGAAACACAUUCAGGAAAUGAAGAAGAGUAGGAAUAGGAGACAUCAAGGAGUGAAGAAGGAAGGUAGAGAUCAAAGGGAGGGAGGAAGGGUAGUGAGGUCAGCGGAGUGGUGAGGGUGGGGUUAAACCAUUGAGGGUGUCUGUGUAAAUUAAAAGGGUUUAAUGAUGAAACUGAUGGGACACAGAACUGUAAAAUUUGAGCUUCGGAUGCUCAAGUGAAGUUUAACUCUGAAUUAAUGGCACAAAAGACUAGUAAUGAAGUACAGACUGCUCAAAAAGUGAACGUCCGUGUGAAGGAUGUACCAUUUGAGUAUGGAUAUGCCACAUCUUACUCUGCAAAAACAUAGUUUGUAAGUAAAUGGUUUCAGAGGAAAUGCUUUUUGUAUUGUUUUUUUUCUACAUAUUACAUCCUAACUUGAUAAUGUUCCAUGAAAAACAAGCUUCAUCUGCUUCGAAUAACAGUGAAAUGAUUUUUUCCAGCUAAGCAGAGGCUUAAUGACUGAAUGAAACUUAACAGAAAACAGACAGUUUGUACAUCCAUCAUCAACUUUUGACUGAUUCCAACAGCUUGGACUGAAGUUUGUUUUGUUUUGGCGUUUUUUUCAAUGGUGGGUGUAUUCUGUCUGAAUCACUGUAAAUAUUUAUGUAACAUGUACAGAAGAUACAGCAUGCUAAUUUUUAUUGUCUUACCUAUCUGUAUAUCUACAGAAAUAAUAAUAAUUUGUAAUGUUGGCUGUCAAAAUUACAUAUUUUUGUACAAUCCCUUUGCUCCUAUUUACUGUAGACUAACUAGAUGUUUUCAUUAAAUGCUGUUCUUGAAAGCUAUUUAAAUAAAUAUUCUCUUGGAGCCUC